UGUCCGCUACACUGGUUUAAAAGCUUCACAUUGAACCAAAUGGCCACGUCGGAAGCCAAUCAAACAGUUCGCUAACGUUAGCGAAACGUUUGCUGGCUGAACUUAGGUCUGCUCACAAACAGCCUUGACCUCGACUCCAGUAUGUAAACCUCUGCGCAGUAUUCCACUUGCAAAUAUGAAUGCCAGGAUUUUAUUGUGUGUUUACUUACUGCAAAUGACCGUAGAUGAUGUACAUGGCCAUCGCAGGCAGUUUAGAAAACAGAUGGAAAUGAUAAACGCGAAAAUUAAACGGGAGGUAGAGGUUGCCAUUGACAUGAUGCAAGAUCAAAUGCAUGAUGAAUUCACGGAUUUGAUCGAAGAGUACGACAGACGUGGCCUAGAGGAAAAGAUCAGCGUUCUGAAAGACCGGCUGAGCAUUGAAAAGGUAAAGCGAAUAUCGUUAGAAAAAAAGAUGGAGACGCUGGUAUUAAAAGUUGAUUCUCUGGAAAGACGAAUUUCAAAACAGACUUGCUCACACCAACAGCAGGAUGGUGUGUCGGCGUCGGCAGCUGCAACAUCGUCGGUGAGUUCAGGUGACCACGUCAGGCACAGAAGGGCAAUCCAACCACCUGGUGGCUUCCUGCAAUAGCUCACAUCAAAGGUUGUCACAUUCUCCUAAACGACCCCUCCGCGCGAGGUACGCCCACUUUCCGCGGAAACCCCCCGAGAAAGGUUUACCCGACUACCAGCUGCUACAACGUGUCUGCGUCGACCAUGUCGAGGGAAGUCCACGUCCUGGGGGCCUAUCAGAACCAGAAUACUGGAGACACGGGGCCCACGAAGCAGACUCAAGGCAACACCACGAAACCGAGAACCACAGUACAGAUUAUUGGCAGCACCAAGAAACCUGUCAUUCUAGUUCUCGUCUCACACGAGGCUGUUUCGUGGGACGUUCUGGUGCCGCCGGGCCUAGUUGUGGAACAAAUUUACCUGUUCGCCUACCAUCUAACGGAAAGUUCUGUAACAGUAUCGAGCGACCUUGAUUUGGAGCCAGACGUUGUCCGUAAUGACGCCGCCAUCACUGAGUCUGACGACGACGGCAGUGAAGAUGAAACUGUCAAACUCCUGAAACUGCUUCAACGACGACUGGGCUACAUCACGUCGUAUUCGGGGACGUAUCAAGUGGACCACUGGAAACUAAGAGUUGGAAACUAAGUGUUAUAAGUAAUAAGAAGAAUAUUUUUUAUUAUUAUUUACCAAUACACUUGUCUACAGGUGAAUAUAGACUGGAUGCGGUGCGUGCGUGCGGUGCGGGUAAAGAAAAUUAAUCGAACGCUAUUAGUUUCAAUAAGAGCGUCUAGACUGGAUGCUUGCUUGCGUACUCAGUGGUAUAGCGCUCGUUUGAUGCGCGGUCGGUCUGGGAUCGAUCCCUAUCGGGAGGCCCAUUGGGCUAUUUCUCGUUCCAGCCAGUGCA